AUGGGCUCAGGAGAUAAUGUGUUCACAGUUGUGGCAAAGAACAUUGAUGUUCUUGCAAUGCCUCUCGUCUCUCUUGUUUUUCCUCUAUAUUGUUCCAUCAAGGCCAUAGAGACCAAAUCCCUGGCAGAUGACCAGCAAUGGCUUACAUAUUGGGUUCUUUACUCUCUCGUUACCUUAUUUGAGCUUACAUUCUCCAAAAUACUUGAAUGGUUCCCGAUUUGGUCGUACGCGAAAUUAAUCGGCGUGUGCUGGCUAGUGUUGCCUUACUUCAACGGGGCAGCAUAUGUGUACGAGCAUUUUAUAAGGCCUUUCUACAGAAACCCGCAACUUAAACUGUGGUACGUCCCCAGAAAAAUGGACAUAUUUAAGAAGCCUGACGAUGUCUUGACCGCUGCUGAGAAAUACAUAGAAGAAAACGGACCCGAAGCCUUUGAGAGGCUCAUUGCUAGGGCUGAUAGAGAAGCAAGAAGCAGGAGGAGCAGCUAUACAAUCUUUCAUGAUGAUUAUCAAUACCACUGA